GGGCGGAGCGAAGCCUCUCGCACAGUCGCCGGCGCGUGGCUGAGUGUCCGGCGAGCGCCCGGCGCCCGCGUCCAGAACGAGCGGCCGCGGUCGGAGGAGGAAGAGGAGGAGGGGGCGGCCAUGGGGCUGCUGGCCCAAGGCUCGCCACUGAGCUGGGAGGAGACCAAGCGCCACGCGGACCACGUGCGGCGGCACGGGAUCCUGCAGUUCCUGCACAUCUACCACGCCGUCAAGGACCGGCACAAGGACGUGCUCAAGUGGGGCGACGAGGUGGAAUAUAUGUUGGUCUCUUUUGAUCAUGAGAAUAAAAAAGUCCAGUUGGUCCUGUCUGGAGAGGAAGUUCUUGAAACCCUACAAGAAAAAGGGGAAAGGUCAAACCCAAACCACCCGACCCUUUGGAGACCAGAGUAUGGGAGUUACAUGAUCGAGGGGACCCCUGGACAGCCGUACGGUGGGACCAUGUCAGAGUUCAACACGGUGGAGGACAACAUGAGGAAACGCCGGAAGGAGGCAACUUCUCUGUUAGAAGAAAAUCAGGCUCUCUGCACUAUAACUUCAUUUCCCAGAUUAGGCUGCCCUGGGUUCACGCUGCCCGAGUACAAACCCAACCCGGUGGAAGGCGGAGCUUCCAAGUCCCUCUUCUUUCCAGAUGAAGCGAUCAACAAACACCCCCGCUUCAGUACCCUCACAAGAAAUAUCCGCCAUAGGAGAGGAGAGAAGGUCGUCAUCAAUGUGCCAAUCUUUAAGGACAAGAACACGCCGUCUCCAUUCAUAGAAGCCUUUCCUGAGGAUGAGGAGGCAGCGAGGGCGUCGAAGCCGGAUCACAUUUACCUGGAUGCCAUGGGAUUUGGAAUGGGCAAUUGCUGCCUUCAGGUGACCUUCCAAGCCUGCAGCAUCUCUGAAGCCAGAUACCUUUAUGAUCAGUUGGCCACAAUCUGUCCAAUCGUCAUGGCUCUGAGUGCAGCAUCUCCUUUCUACCGAGGCCACGUGUCUGACAUUGAUUGCCGCUGGGGCGUGAUCUCUGCGUCUGUGGAUGAUCGGACUCGGGAGGAGCGAGGACUGGAGCCGCUGAAGAACAACAGCUAUAGGAUCAGUAAAUCCCGCUACGAUUCAAUUGACAGUUACCUGUCCAAGUGUGGGGAGAAAUACAAUGAUAUCGACUUGACGAUCGAUAAAGAGAUCUACGAGCAGCUACGGCGGGAAGGCAUUGACCAUCUCCUGGCCCAGCAUGUUGCUCACCUCUUUAUUAGAGACCCACUGACUCUGUUUGAGGAGAAGAUACACCUGGAUGAUGCCAACGAGUCUGACCAUUUUGAGAAUAUUCAGUCCACAAAUUGGCAGACGAUGAGGUUUAAGCCCCCUCCUCCAAACUCGGAUAUUGGGUGGAGAGUAGAAUUCCGGCCCAUGGAGGUCCAGCUGACAGACUUUGAGAACUCGGCGUAUGUGGUGUUUGUGGUACUGCUCACCAGAGUGAUCCUUUCUUACAAGCUGGACUUUCUCAUCCCGCUGUCAAAGGUGGACGAAAACAUGAAAGUUGCGCAGAAACGAGAUGCUGUCUUACGGGGAUUGUUCUACUUCAGGAAAGACAUUUGCAAAGCAGGUGGCAACGCGGUGGUGGACAGCUGUGGCAAGGCCCAGAGCAGCCCUGAGCUGGCCCAGGAGGAGUACACCCUAAUGAGCAUCGACACCAUCAUCAACGGGAAGGAAGGGGUGUUUCCUGGGCUAAUCCCAAUUCUGAACUCCUACCUUGAAAACAUGGAAGUGGAUGUGGACACCAGAUGCAGUAUUCUGAACUACCUGAAGCUCAUUAAGAAGAGGGCGUCUGGAGAGCUAAUGACAGUUGCCAGGUGGAUGAGGGAGUUUGUCGCAAAUCAUCCGGACUACAAGCAAGACAGUCUCAUCACUGAUGAAAUGAAUUACAGCCUUAUGAUGAAGUGCAACCAGAUUGCAACUGAAUUAUGUGAAUGCCCAGAGUUACUUGGAUCAUCGUUUAGGAAAGUAAAAUAUAGCGGGAAUAAAACAGACUCUUCUUCCAACUAGACGUUCUGCGGGAGGGAGACGCGCUGCGGUGUUGCUGAAGCGCAGCCCGGAGUGUCGUGACUCUCUGCCGUCGGGGAGGGGAUGAAGACCAAGUCGCUGGAGGCUCGGAGGCUCCCUUCAGUAGACCAAUCUAGAGUUUAUACAGUGUACAUGUACAUAGUAAAGUAUUUUUAUGAUUAAGGAAGUAUUUUAAUAACAUUGUAUCUAAAGGCAUUGUGAACUAGCUUGUACAUUUUCUAAAUCUCGCCUCUGGAGGAACUACUUACUGUCUAAGCAGUUUUAUAAAUGCGUAGUGAUCGUUGUACUAUACUUUGCAUUCCAGAGCUGAAAGGUUUACUGUAAAUGUUCUGCUGAAGACCUCCCAGGGACCUGAUCCGUGGAGGCUUACCCCUCACUGUUGAAAACACAGUUUCUCGUCCAUUCUCUUUGAGUCAUCUCCAUUGUCUGCAUAAAAAACACUCAAGCCCAUUAAAGUGUUUCAAGGAAAGUGCUGGCUUUCUAACACCUUAUCUGUGAUGUUGCUUCUACAGCGGGUCACCUUGUCCCCAAGCUUUCACCGCUAAAGAAAAGCCUGUCAAGAGAACGUGUCUGUUGAAAUGUGCUGGUCCAACACAUUCUGUAGGAAGAAAGGAGAUGGUCCAUCACCUGAGUCUGAUGAUUGACAGUGAUGUUUUUGUUUUUAACCAAAAGAGGGGAGAGAAUUCCUGCCGUGCUGUGCUAUAGGCUCCAUGUGUUCUGACUGCUGUUGUCUGGGGGGGCUUCAAAAAACUGGUGGGGAAAAUCCCAUGGUCUUUCUCUUCCAUUUUCCUACCAUCUGUUUUGAAGCCCCUCCUAGGUGACUCGGAACUGACUCGAGGGCAGUGAGUUUGGAUUAUGCACUGACAUUUGCCAAAUGCACGCCGUUACUGCUGUUAAUUCACCUCUGUUUCCAGGAAGUUCAUUGGCACCGUUCUUUCUAAAAGCCAUUCGCCCCAAAUCUUAGCUGGGGGAGUAGUCUACAAACCUCAGAAAUCAAUCAUGAAAUGUGCUGAGUUUUGUGAAUCAGGACCCUGAGGGUUCAGUUGUAAGUAAUUUUAAGUUUUAAAUAAUUGUCACAACUCUGUGUUGAAGUCCCCCCACCCCCCCAUUAAAAUUCUCAAGUGCUUCAGAAA